UUUGGUUUAAAGGAAGGGAAGAAAAGAAAACAUCAUCGUUGCUCGCAUUUUUAUAUCAGGGAUCCUUUUUUGGCUCUCUUCAGUCAUAUGUCUCUUAUCCCCAGAGGUCUUCCUCCACUAGCAGGUUUUUUCGGAAAACCCUAUUCAUAGGAGAGGCUGGGCAAACCCGUUCGGUCGAAAAAGAGGAUGCUUUACCAACUAAAGUUACUGAGAUGACUGAUUGUAUCGAAGCUUCUUCAGCAUCAUCAACAACAAGUACAAGAGAAACAGUGUAUAUACAUCCAAGACGAGAGCCAUUCGAGCAUGGACUCAUACCCAUUCAAAAGCUCAUAUUCACCGAUGGCACACAAACACUGGCCUCAAUCAAGGAUCAACUCGUCCAGCGAUCCACUCAGUCCCCCACUCAUCGAGUCGACUUGCUCGCCAUCUCCGAAACCCUCCAGAUCUCGCUUGACCACGCUCGCCUCUUCCUCGACGCGCUCGCCUCUGUCCUCCACUCCGAUUCCGACCCGCUCGUCACCGCCAAGCCCUCCGAGAUCGAUACUGUCGGUGUUGACGUGUGUGAUCUGAUAUUGUUUCUAUACGUACAGUCGUAUAAGCGGUUGCUUCCUAGGGCGCACAAGGACGCGGCUUCGGUGGCCGAUGUCUGGCCGUCGACUUCGGCGUUCGAUGGAUAUUUAUCGGCGUUAUCGCCGUUGCAGCUUGUGCGGAGCAACAGCCGUCGGUUUAUGCCUUCCCAGGCUGAUGAAGAGGCUCAUCAAUUAUCCUAUUUGCAGAAGCACUUGGCCAACAUUCUCUCUCUUGUAUCAGAGUCUUUGGGAGGGGAAGGCGAAGAAUCUCUGGUUUUGACUAUGGAAAAGUUUGAGCACCUCGAGUUUCUGAUCUAUUUUGGUGAAAGAGGAUCUGAAAGAACUCCUUUGAGACAGGCUGCUCCAUUUUUUGCAAAUUCAGAUCCCGACAUGCCUGCUGUUCCUGUUCCUGCUGCACAAGUUCAUGAUUGGCUUCUUCAGAACAUAACUUCUGCUUUGGAACGUAUAUCUGAAAGAGUUUCUGGGAAAGAAAAUGGGCCAUCAGGUACCUCUGAUCAGGAUGUUCCAAUGACUGAUGCCUGUGCAAGUUUGACCAAGGCCUCAGCCAGUGCUAGGGGUCCAAGUUAUAUUGAGGGAAUUUCUAAAUCAGCAUAUUUAAAGCAAGCACCUGAUGUUAAAGGAUCUUCAAUGAAGGUCCUCAAUUGCCAUGAAUGUGUUAUUUACAUUUUAGCACCUUUGAGAUAUGCGACCAUCUAUGGAUGCUCUGAUGCGACCAUAGUUAUCGGAGCUGUUGGCAAGGCUGUAAGAGUUGAACAUUGUGAGCGUGUUCAUGUGAUUACAGCAGCAAAACGAAUCUGUAUUGCCAAUUGUCGGGAGUGUGUAUUCUUCUUGGGGGUAAACCAACGGCCCCUUAUUGUUGGCGAUAACCAUAAGUUGCAGGUGGCACCAUACAAUACAUUUUACUCGCAAUUGGAGGAGCACAUGAGUCAAGUUGGUAUUGAGGCAACAGUCAACAAAUGGGAUGAAUCUGUGGCCCUGGGAGUGGUUGAUCCGCAUGAUUCAAUGUCUCAUCCUGCUGGCGUUUCUGAUGUUCAGACUGAGUCUGCUACACGCUUAGAUCCUGAUCAGUUUACAAAUUUUUUGAUUCCAAAUUGGGUUGGAGUUGAAUCCUCUGGAUCUACUAAAGAUAAUCCAUAUCCCUUACCCGAUGUCUAUAUGACAUCGCAGCAGAGAAAUCAUAGAAAUUUAGGGGAGAUUAAACAAAUAUUGAGGGAAACACAGCUUGAAGAUAGCCGGAAACGGGAAUUAUCAAGUGCUCUCCAUGUAUACUUUAAGGACUGGUUAUACGUCACUCAACCUAUAUCUGACCUGACAAGCUACCUGGGCUCACAAUUAUGGCGGGCUCAAUCAACCAGUUACAUUCAUUUCAAUCUAGUAUUUGACUGCAUCCAUCUAAGGUCAGGUUGGGUGUUUAUUACAACCUGUUUGAGUUCCCAUCCUGAGUGGCAUCAUUGAUGUCUAGCUUUCAGUCAGCUUCAGGAAAUAUCCGGCAACUUUACUGCCUACAAGGUGAUUGAAAUUGUGUGGUUGCCGCACAACCAAAGGAUGGGACAUGGAAGAAAUGAACUGGUUUCUGUAUCUCUCAAGUUUUGACCCGUGCAAAUUUGUAGUUUGGUACUGCAGGCAGCUGAGAGUCGAGGCCAUUUAUAUUUUGAUGGCAUACCUGUUUAUGUAUUGAAAGUAUUGUGCAGAAUGCAAUUAGAUAAUAUUUGCUAACUUAAAUGUAAUUUUUUUUUUAAUGAAAGAAUCUUACUGUUGUUUAAAUGAAAAUUGUUAAUAUUUGUUCUGUUGUCA